AUUUGUGGAGUAAAAUGUCAUUCGUUGAAUAAUAUAGAGAGUUUCCGAAUUUUCAAGUUUCGGUAAAAUAUUAGGCUUUUAUCUAAAGACUAAAGAAAUCUAUUUACAUUUUUUACAAUUAAUUAAUUGUAGUCCCAAAUAAUAAUGGAACUAAAUGAUGUCAUAGUAAAUCAACCAGUCGUGAUCGACAACGGUUCUGGUGUCAUUAAAGCAGGAUUUGCCGGAGAUCAAAUACCAAAAUGCAGAUUUCCAAAUUACAUUGGGCGUCCAAAACAUGUGAGAGUCAUGGCUGGGGCUCUGGAAGGAGAACUAUUUGUGGGGCCAAGAGCAGAGGAACACAGAGGCCUCUUAAGCAUCAAGUAUCCCAUGGAACAUGGAAUUGUUACAGAUUGGAAUGACAUGGAGCGAGUUUGGAAUUUUAUUUAUAGCAAGGACCAGCUAUCAACAUUCGCAGAGGAACACCCAGUGCUGCUGACAGAGGCUCCACUGAAUCCCCGGCGUAAUAGAGAGAAGUCUGCGGAAGUAUUCUUUGAAACAUUCAAUGUUCCUGCACUGUUCCUGUCAAUGCAGGCUGUUCUUAGCUUGUACGCCACUGGUCGCACAACAGGAGUUGUUUUGGACUCUGGUGAUGGAGUUACUCACUCGGUUCCCAUCUACGAGGGUUUCGCGAUGCCACACAGCAUCAUGAGGGUGGACGUGGCAGGGAGGGACGUUACCAGAUAUCUGAGACUGCUCCUACGCAAAGAAGGCGUAAAUCUGCGGACAUCCGCUGAGCUGGAGAUCGUAAAGUCUAUCAAAGAGCGGGCGUGCUACCUCUCUCCCAACCCGCUCAAGGAGGAGACCCUGGACUCCGAACGAGCUCAGUACACCUUGCCUGAUGGCACACAGCUUGAGAUUGGACCAGCCCGUUUCCGCGCUCCUGAAGUAUUGUUCAGACCUGACCUAAUCGGUGAAGAAUGUGAAGGGCUCCACGAGGUAUUGAUGUUCGCGAUACAGAAGUCUGAUAUGGAUUUACGGAAAGUGUUGUACCAGAAUAUAGUGCUGAGCGGAGGUUCCACUCUGUUCCGAGGCUUUGGCGACAGACUGCUGGCUGAGAUCAGAAGACUCGCGCCUAAGGAUAUGAAAAUAAGGAUAUCGGCGCCGCAGGAGCGGCUGUACUCGACGUGGAUCGGCGGUUCGAUUCUGGCGUCACUCGACACCUUCCGCAAGAUGUGGGUAUCGAAGCGAGAGUACGACGAAGAGGGUCAUCGCGCAGUCCACAGAAAGACAUUCUAGAAAUACUGCCUGUAGCAAAACUACGGUAUAUUUAUAGAAAUUUCAUGGAACUCAUAUAGCUUUUAAUUAACAUGAACAAGACGGGCUAUGUAGAAUAGGUUUUUCUACUGGGCUUUACAAAAAUCCUGCUUUAAACUAUGGCAUAAUAAUAAAUAUGCAUAUAGGAAACCUGCGGAUGUAUUAAUGAAAUUGUGAAUUGAAGAAACUUUGUCAAUGAUAUACCUAUUUUUUUCCCGAGGUAUUUUUUUAAAUAGAAGGGGUGAAGCUUAGAACAAUUAUACGUCUAGAUAAACGGUUGCAGCUUGAAAUCGUCGAAAAAUAAUUGAGGUGAACUGUUAACCUCUAUUUUGAGCAAUUUGUGCAUUUCUCAAAAUUGCACUAACACAAAGUGACAUACAAAUCGCGAGUGUCUUACACUGUAUGUAAAGGGUGGAGCUUGUCACGCACACUAAAGUAAUAAACCUGGCCUGUUUUCAUCAGUUGUCAUGCAGCAAGAGACAUAUAAAUUUUCUAAGGUUAUCUUCACCAUCUCCUUCAAUACAGAUAUAAAUAAGUUUAAUAAUGUUACUAUAACACAAGUUAUAUUUCUAUGAUUUUGCGAUAAUUAUGAAAGUAAGGUUCGGUCUCAGUGUAAGCGUUUUUAAAAUGCGACGUUUUUUAUCGAGUGAAGUUGAAUUUUAAACGCUGGAUGGGAAACAUUGAGUGUAAUGUCAACGUGGUUUUUAACGCCACGUACCGCUGCAUUCAUAUAUCAGCGCUUUUCAGACGCGACUUUUUUUUAUUCAGUGGAGUUCAAUAUAAACCGCUGGGCGGUAACUUUGGGUUGGGUAAAAAAUAAAAAUACCUUUAGGCAUUUUUUUUAUUUUCACGCAAUAAGUACAUAUUUCUGGCUUGUAAAUAUUCUGAGGUGAUCACUUACCAUCAAGUGGCGCGAUAUUUUCUCAAAAUAAUAUUUAACUAUAGUUUAUGAAAUUUCUAUGGAUAAUGUUCUUAAUUAAGUUUAAUUUAUGCAGCUCUCGUUUUCUUACGAUAUUGAUAUGACCGACGCCAGUGCUGACCGUCGGUCGGGCACUAAAUGCAACCUCAAUAAUAGUAGGCAGUGAAAUUGCCGCCAAAAGUCCAAUUGUAUGACGUAAGACUCGUGAAGUAACAUGGCUGUCUUGUCACAUGAUGACACAUGACACCCGCUGUCAUAACGAUACAAAGAGAAUAAUAAAGGCACGCUACCAUAGAUGCGCAACUGUUUUGGAAUCGUGUAAAUACUGUAUCAAUGUCGUAUGAAUGUAUAUUAAGUUAGUUAAGCGCUUAAAGACAUUUAAUAAUAUGCUUAAUGAGAUAUAAGCGAAGAAUCGAAUCAUUAUAUAGGAGUUCGAAUAGAGUGAAAGGAAGCAUGUACAAAUUGGAAACUCUUUUUGUAAUAUUAAUAUUAUUCAAACAAUUAUUAAUACUAGGUUUGUACUUUGCAAUAUUAACAAGAAAUUACUUAUUUUACAAAAAAAAACAAAACAAUCCGUGUAAAUUCCGCUAAUCUUUUCUUUCAAUCAAUCAAUCGACACGUGUUUCGCCUCUACACCAGGCAUCCUCAGGAGAUGUUGACUCGCCAAAUUCUGGCACGACACCGUCUCGUGUCGAAUUAAAUAAAAGAAUUUAUAUCUUAGCGGAACUUACACUCAAGGAAACACAAAAUUUAAGAUUAUUAUGGAUCUCUUUUUUGCUGAUGUACUUUCAUUGGUUUUUACUUUGGUCGUAAGCGUGCGCCUCAAAUAUGGCGGUCGGUUGCCAGCAGCUGAAACGCCAUCAUCAACCCUGCAGUUUUUUUUUAAAUUUUAUUGCUAUGAGUGAGAGUGGGUCACACUACGCGGCCAGUGGGCUAGACACCAGAUAAGAUUUUCUAUUAUGUCGUUACACGAAAUAUUUCCGAAGACACCUUUAUUUCAGCAAUUAAUUAAGAUUUACGCACAUUAUUGCAUUUUUGUCAAUAUACUUUUCAUGUCAUGGUGGCCGCUUUAGAUCAUUUAAACGUCUAGAUAGACUGUGACAGCUGUCAAAAUGUCGAAAUAAUUGACAAAGACAGUUGACGUCUGUUUUGUGCAAUGGACGCACACUAACGUAAAGUGACAUACAUAACGCGAGUAUUAGACGUAGCUUCUCACGCACACUAAAAUUAAUAAGCCUGGCCUGUUUUCAUCAGUUGUCUAGCAGCAAGAGGCACUAUCUAGAUUCUAGACGUAUAAAUUAUCUUACUUAUCGGCACAGAAAACGCGUGGUAUAUCAGCCGUGACGUCAUUCCAACAUGGCCGUCGCCGUGUUUUGUACUUUUGUUAUCUUGUUAAUUUCAAUGUUUAUAUCAAAGGCUUUUAGAAUCCUUUCUUCUUAUAUAUUUUUAAACCAUUUAUUAUUUAAUUUUUUAACGCUGUCGUCGUGUCCAGUUACGGUUAAGAAUCUUCUAGAACAAAAUAACUUAUGGUUUAGCUAUGUUUAAUUGUUUAUUGUAUUAACUCCUGAACAAUUUCUUAUUUUAUAAAUUUUUAACCAAAUUUUAUGAGCGAUGCAGGACUCGAACCCGCGACAUCUCGGCUUUCGUCCGAGCGCUCUACCAACUGAGCCAAGCGUUCGAGUAAAUUCGGUCCUAAAUCUUGGUAUGUCUUGUUCAUCUCUCAGGUUGUGGCUCCAUCUACAGGAUCUACUUUACAGUUGAUAACCUGCUCAACCACAAUAAUUGCAUAUUAUGAAAUUGACUUGAGAUUUCGCUCUUUCAAAUCUAAACAAUAAAGAGAUAAUAAAUAACAUCGGCACUUACGAUCCGUCGGACGGAACCCGAGAGGUCGUGGGUUCGAGUCCCGCAUCGUUCAUAAAUUUUGCUUACAAAUUUACUUUGAAGUAUUAAUUCCUGUUAGUAAUAAAUAAUUUUCAAAUUGGAUUUGUACCAAAAUUUACCCGAGACCGCGCCUCUAGGGAUACGCCUCACGCACUCUUACCAACUAAACUAUCCGUCGGACUGACCACAGUUAGCCCACGUACUGCACUAGUAAAGUAGAGCUCGUGAGAAGAACAUGCAAGAAACUCAACGGCUGCUCUUUUGAAUCAAAUAGAGUAUUUUAUAAUUGCUGUAUUUGUAAAACAAAUUAGUUUGUAAGGUACUGCGUCCAAUAUAUGAAUCAUGUCUAAAUAAUAUCAAAUAUUUCAUAAAAGGUAAAAAAGAAUAAACUGUAUAAAUUAAAUUCUCGUAUCGGAUCAACCUUUAGAGCUCUAAUUGUUCAGUUGUGUAUGGAUGCUUCGUGAACAUGGUGGUCGUGAUUACGGUCAUAAUUAAUAAUCGCAUAUAUUCAAAUUCAAAUAUUUUUAUUCAAAAUAGGAUUUAAAAUCACUUAUUGAACGUCAAAAUCUACCACCCAUUCAAAAGAGACUGCCUCAGACCUGAGAAGAAUGGGCGCAAUACAAUAAACAAUUAUAAUUAAGAAAAUCGUUUAUGCUAUAAUAACCUUUCCCACACAAACGUUUUUUAACAAUUCUUUUAAAUUUCGUAACACAUUUGUUUUGUACAUUUUCUGGGAUGAUAUUGUAGAAGCAUAUACAUCGCCCAACAAAAGACUUACUAACUAGACCGAACCGAGUAGUAGGCAUAACAAGUUUAUGUUUGUUCAUAUAAGUAAAUACAAUGAUGUUAUUGACAGGUCGAUUAGGCACCAAAAGCAGCACUCGUUUACAAGUCGACGCAUGGACCAGCCAUCGUUCGCGUCGCAGAUAUUUGAGGAAAUAUUACUAUUAUGUGGUGCUUAAUUCCAUCUUAAGUUUCGCAGACCAUUGGCUUAAAUUAUACUGUUGAUCAGGACUUAAGGAUUCUAAAUCUAACGCCAUUUUUAUAACAAUUUAUCUCGUAGGCAAUAAGAUUUACCUUAGUUACGAAAUCCGGUGCGUUGUCAUACAAUACGCUGAAUUCUAAACUGCCUUUUAGUAUCGCUAACCGCUCAAGAAAGGUUUCUAUUCAAAGUGAAAUCACUUAUUGAAAGUCAAAAAAAACUACCACCCAUUCCAAAAUGAAUGCCUCAGGCCUGAGAAGAAUGGGCGCAACAAACUCAGCGGGCUUUUUUUUUCAUCACAAAUAUGUUUUAUAAUUAAAGUAACAUAAUACAAUUAAACUUAUUAUUUAAUAGCCUGAUAGUCGCUCCAUUCCCAAUCUGUGGUAUCAUUAAGAAACUCAUGUAAGCUGAUUCUAGAUAUUAAUUUAGAAUGAGCCUUAAUAAACAUAUAUAAACAAAGUUGACGUCAUUCGCAACUAAAAGUACAGCUAACAUAAAAAUCUAACGAUUUAAUACAGACAUAUAAAACCUACGUAGCUAGUUAGCUGUAUGAAUACCUAUGUGAGAUGCGAAAGUAAUAAUAAUUUUAUAUUCACUUUGAAACCUCUGAACCAAUUUUGACGAAGGUAUAUCUCUUGCCAAACUUUUAGUUCGUUCCGAUGAUGCUGCGAACUAGCUCAGUAACAUAAUUAGGUCUCGAAGGGGCAAAUGCAGAAUAUAUCUGCGUUAAGAGGUGGUAACUUAAGAGCUAACUAGAAAUUUGGCGAGGUAUAUAUACAGUAAAAAGGAAAAAUUCAAUGCUAAACUUAUCCGAUAGUGUUGCUGACGGUACAAAUUGUAUCAAGGUCUCGGCUGACGUCAUCAAGAUGGCGGCUACGCGCAUUAGCAAUUUGUGGGAAUUAUCAUUUUAGAUAGUUGAGCGUACAUGGUACCUAAUUAAAAUACUGCGAAUAAGAAUCAUGAUUUUACUGAAUCCCGCAUUUAACGUUGUAAGUUUUGUACGCUUCGAGUCAUUAGAUCUAAGAGCGAACUCAAAGUAUUCUAUGUAAGAGAUUUUUUAUUCCAAUUAAAUUAUUUUUUUCCUUA